CUACCCACGAAACCCCAUUCACUUUCACAUCAAAUCUAUGCCAUUUCCGAUAAUAAUACUCUCUAAAUUUUCUACAUAAUCACGAUGAAGCUUGUUUGGUCUCCAGAAACCGCCUCUAAAGCUUACAUAGACACAGUAAAAUCAUGUGAAAAUUUCAAAGAAUCCAGCGUAGCCGAACUCCUCUCAGCCAUGGCUGCUGGUUGGAACGCAAAGUUGAUUGUCGAAGCCUGGUCCUGCGGCGGUCCAAUACCAACCAGUAUCGGCCUAGCUGUAGCCGCUCGUCACACCUGUGCACGACACGUGUGCGUAGUACCCGAUGAACGUUCAAGAUUAGCGUAUGUUAAAGGCAUGUACGAAUCAGGCAUAUCAGCAACAGAAGUGAUAGUACGAGAAGCAGAAGAGGCGAUGGCGGAACUGGUGGGUGUAGAUUUCUUGGUGGUUGAUUGUAAGCGUAAAGAUUUUGGUAGGGUUUUGAGGUUUGCAAAGUUUAGUAAUAAAGGGGCCGUUUUAGUUUGCAAAAAUGCAUGUCAAAGGAGUUGUGGUAGCAGUAAUAUUUCUGGGUUAAGAUGGAACGUGGUUCUGGAGAGAGGGUUACGUGUCGUACGAUCGGUGUUCUUGCCGGUAGGUCAAGGAUUAGACAUGGCUCACGUAGGGAGUAAUGUCCGGGGAGAGAAUUUAAAGAAGAGUCCUACUCGUAGCCGUUGGAUCAAGCAUAUUGAUCAACGAUCGGGUGAGGAGCAUUUGUUUCGAGGAUAAUU